UAGGAUCUAGCCGAUCGUAGCCAUCGGCAAUCGUCGAAGCUGUUUCGCUGUUUCGUCCGCUGUUCAUCGCUUGAUUGACCUCAUCAGUCGCCAGCUUUAGUGGUUUUAGCAGUAUUAGCGUAAUCCAGUUCAAACCCACUGAGACCAGAGUGGAACCCUUCGUCGUAAGGCGAACUUUGAUCACGUGAACUUGGUCCGGAAACGAGCGUGAAGUCGACGAUGGCGGACUACUCCAAGAAAGUCCGCUCCAAGAAGGAAAAGUCCGGCGAGAUGGUGGCCUACAGCGAAGCCGCGAUGCGCCACAAUGGUGCCGUGCUCGAAUACUGCCGCACUUCUUUUUCCGCUCUUUCCGGCUGCACGGCAGGCAUCCUGGGUCUGACGGGCCUGUGGGGGUUCCUGUUCUACUUCGUGACGGCCGUGGCCCUCUGGCUCAUGCUGGUCGUCCGCACCCUGACCACCUGGCACAAGUUCCUGCGGAGCCGGACCACCUUUCUGACGACCGGCCUGUUCGGAGGACUCUUCACCUACGUACUCUUCUGGACUUUCUUCUACGGCAUCGUGCACGUCUACUGAACUGGCCCCUGCCUCGGGGCCGAACACCCGUGCGCGGUUUCGCGCUAUUUCGUAGACAAAGCUUUUUUUUUUUUUUUUUUUUUUUUUUUGCAGUUUUGUGAAGCGGUUUAUGAUGGUUAAGGGUAUUGAUGUCGCUGGCCUGUAAUAAGGCGGAGCCUCCGGGGCAAUAACGGGGGCACGCGUUAACCCAUCCGCCGCGCUGCGCUUUACGCCGCUUCUCGGCGACAGUCUGAGGCGGCUCAUUACAAAAAAUGUGAACCCACAUGUGUGUGUGUAUUGGCCCACACGUAAACGCCGCUUGGCGGCGCCCAACUAUUCGCUAAAGUAUCAUUCGGUGAACCGCCCCCUCCGGAGGCUCCGCCUUAUUACAGGCCAGCGACAUCAACACCAUGGUUAAGUUCACGUCUGUAGGCUCAUCACACAGGUAGUCUUCUACUGCUGAACCCACAUUUGCAGUCAGUUUCGAAGUCGGGAAUGAAUUUCCCAACCUUGAACAUGGUCAAAACAGACAACCAUCUUUAGUGAACUUCAGUGUCACCCUUUCUCAAGCUACUUGAGAGCCGGUACCGUUUCUAAUGUGUUAUAACAGCAUCAAAAUAAACCUGAAUAAAAUAAAAGAAUAUAUUGUGUUUUUAA